AUGAGCUCGAGUCGGUACCCUUCGGCGAUGUUCGGCGACAAGUUACCGUCACUCAAGGCUCAAGCGUCACUUCGGUCUCCUGUGACUCCCAAGCAAGACAAUCGACAACCAUCGCCGCAUGGUUCUGGGUCCGGCACUCCGUCCACUCCGCGUCGUCAAUCGUCGCAGCGCGUUUGCGUCGAACAGCGAUAUUCUCGAUAUCACUCCGAGAAAAUCGAAAUGUUGUCGGGCGAAGAUGAGCCAUCGUCGUCGGCGGUUCCGUCUGCAGACGACUACGAGGAGAAGAAGUCCGAAGUAAUCAUCAACACGCCGCCACCCGUCUCAACAUCUCCGACGCCAGCGUCGCCCCGUACUCCAUUUUCUGGUGGGGCGUCGUCCGCACCUGCACACGCGGCUGUGGUCCCUGCAGAUCGUCCUUGCGUUGGCAGCGAAGCGUCGUCGGCGGAUCAAGUUCGCGCUCGCGUAUCUUCGCCAAUCGGGGGCAACGCCGUCACUCCACGCAGCGUCGAGGGCAUGAUUGCGUUCGGCAACUCCAGCGACCCUAUUCAACAUAUUCACGCGUACCUUCGACAGUUGCCGGAUCAAGCUUGGUUCUUCGACAGUACGGUGACGGCUGACCGGCUAGAAUUGGAACGCUUCGGUCAUCCCUCUGGAUGCUGA